AUGUUAGAUAUUCUAAGCGGUGGUCUUCAUGCAUUAAGUGAUGAUACUCAACGUCUCACUUUGGAAUCAAUUCAAUAUAUAAAUUCAUUACAAUCUUUGUCUGAAGACAUGUCAAAAUUAAAAAUUGCUAUUGAAGAAACUCAUGCAUCAAUAGAUGCUCAUCAAAUCAAUCAACAAUUAAUGGAACAAAGUCUUAUGUCACUUCAACAAGAUCUUGAUGAUCAAAAGAAUAUGUCCAAUGACGGUACACUUUUAUGGAAAAUUACAAAUGUUCAACAAAAAAUAGGUGUGUUUAAUAGAUUUUUCUUUUCAAUAAUAUUUUACUUGAAAAUUAAUAACAAAGUUGAUUAG